ACUUUAGUUGUGUGUAAGCCGUUGUGGCACUAACUACAUUAUUAGUCAAAGCUUGGUAUUCCCCGAAACGUGAAAUGAACCGCCCCCACUGGAGACUGAUUCUCGGACUGCUGAUGGCUUUCUCUGCCGUGCUACCGCUUUCAGUUGGGGCCGAGCUCCCGGCCAGAGCGGCUGCCAGCGCCUCGAACUACCGCUUUGGGCUGCGCCUCUCCAGGAAGCUGGGGGAGCUCCAGCCGAAUGCGAAUGUGGCCGUCUCGCCCCUGCUUGUCCAGGCGGCUCUCAGUUUGCUCUAUGCGGGAGCUAACCCAGACUCCGCCAGGGGACUCGGACAGGCGCUGGACCUCCAGCACACCUUUUCCCCCAAGGGAUCUAUUAACGACAUAGAAACCCUUCAGUCUGAUCUUAAACACUCCGCUGCCGUCGGAUGCCGUCUGAGGUUGCUGAGCGACUUCUACACCCAGCAGCGUUUCACCUUCACCUUUCGGGAUGAGUUCGAGGCCCUGGCCUCCCAUCUCGGUAUCGGAAGCCACCGACUUGGCUGGGACAACUCCGCAAAAGCGGCCCAGGACAUUAACUACGACUUUCUGAGUCGCAGCAACUUUAGCCUAGGCGAGAUGGUGACCUCUUCCCAGCUGGAGUCACUCGGCGCAGAUUAUACUCCUUUCCUACACGUCUCGGCAGUGACUUUUAGUGCCCCAUGGGCACAGGGAUUCGAUCCUGCAGAGACGCAGGACAUCAACUUCUUUGUGGCAGGAUCGCGUCCCAAACUGGUGCCCGCCAUGUUCGGCCAGCAUCGCUACAGAUACGCCGAGGUGUCAGCCCUCGAUGCCCAGCUGAUCGAAGUUCCCUUUUCUACUGCGGAUCUUUCCCUGCUCAUAAUCUAUCCAAACCAAGUGGAUGGCCUGCUCAAGUUGGAGCGGGAGUUGGAAAAGUACGACUUGCAGCAACUCCGGGCUCAGUUGGAAGAACGUAAGGUGGCCCUAACGCUGCCCAAGUUCAGGACUCUGGUCCAUUCUGAUCUGACUCCAGCGCUGAAGCAGCUGGGCCUAGCUAAGCUCUUCACAACGGAGGUCCAAUUGGAGGAGGUCUUCAGCUUCAUUUUGGCCAGCUCAGCGCCCCCGUUGGGAGCCGUGGUGCAGAGCAGUUUGUUGGAGAUCCAGGAGAAAGGCGGCUCUGCCGGCGACUCUUUUUCCUUUGGGGAUCUGUUCCGACGAGCCCUGCCCCUGGUCAUCAAUCACCCGUUCUUCUACGCCAUCGGCAAUGACAAGGUUUUGCUGCUCACUGGCCAUAUAGUCGACGUCUGAGCAUAGCUCAGGGUUAUUUAAUCCCAAUGUCUAGCUCUAACUGAGGUUAUCGCGUUAUCAGUCCAGCUCGAUCGCUAAACAAAUAAACAAAAUCACCCAUGGAAAGCCAAAGGUGACAAAUGAUUUGUAAA